AUGUCACUGAUCUGUUACCUGUUCAUGUACACAUUUGUGGUUUUGUGUCCGCUUUUAUCUCCAGAUUAUCAGAAGUUGACGUUGGACAUCACCACUGCACACAAUGAACUCCGAGUUUCUGAAAACAACAGAGAAGCAAUAUGCCGUGAGACAAUCCGACCGUAUAUUCAGCAUCCGAACAGAUUUGAUUUUUGGCCUCAGGUGCUAUGCAAAGAAAGUAUAACUGGACGCUGUUACUGGGAAGUUGAAUGGGAAAAAGGAAUAUGGGGGGUCUAUAUUGCUCUUUCAUAUAAAGGGGUGGGAAGAAAAGGACAGGAUCAUGUGCACUGGUUUGGACACAACAGUCAGUCCUGGAGUCUGGAAUGUUCUCCAACACCUUGUUUCUGGCAUGACAACAAUAAAACUGAGAUCUCAGGCCCUUUAUCCUCUAAAAUAGGGGUGUAUGUCGACUACAAAGCAGGAACUCUUUCCUUUUAUGACAUUUCUGACAAGAUAACCCUCUUACACAGAGUCCAGACCACAUUCACUCGGCCUCUUCAUCCUGGGUUUUGGUUCAGUAUGUCUUCCUCAAUAACGCUGUGUGACCUGUGAAUAAGCAUAGCAGAAGUAUGUGAUGCUUUUGCUGUUUAUUAAAUAUCUGUGUAAUGUUACUGUUAUUAAGAAAGUAAAACAAAGCACUACAUAGUAAUUAAAGAUUUUUGUUGCACAUAAACAUUCUAUACUGAGAGAAGCUAAAAAAGUGAAAUGUUUGAAGGCAUGAAAUAUACACUUUGCCUGGUAUCAUUUAAACUUUUCCCCAUUUUUAAAACAAACAUUAUUUUCCUAUAUAUUAUGUAAUAGAGACACAAUAUAUUAUAUUUAUGUGGAUAAAUAACAAAAAAAAUAAGUUUUUAUUUCUAAAGAUUAAAGUUAUGAAUACAUUUAUGAAUAUGCAUUUAUAUAUUUUAGCUUUCAUAUUUAAAGAAUGCAUAUAACACUGCACUGUAUGUGUAAAUGCAAGUACAGGGGGAAUGAAUCUCUGAUCUAUAUAACAUAUAUAGAUCAGUGGAAUGAAUCAGGUGAUGAAGAAUCAGGAAGUUUUGGAGUCUUAUAGUUCUGACUGGAUUUAUGACCCAAAUACAUAAAUCCAGUAAGUCUUAUAGUUCUGACUGGAUUUAUGACCCAAAUACAGCAAAAUACUGGAUUUUAUAUGCGUUUCGUGUGUGUGUGUGUGUGUGUGUGUGUGUGUGUGUGUGUGUGUAAAAUCUUGUGUAAUCCAUUAUUGUUUUUAUUGUAAUAUUGUAAUCCUGUAUUGUUCAUUAUUGUAUCCUGUUGACCCAGUAGAUGGAGACAUUUCUUCAUACACCGAUGGCAGUCAGCAAAAACAAACAAACAAACAAAAAACAGUCAUACAUUAAUCAAUGAAUACUGUACGUUUAGUUAUAUUCAAUACAAAAUAAAAAUCACAUUGGAUAUCAUACUCAGUGUUUACUUUUUUUCAUUCUACCACUCACUUCAUUUAUACAUAAUUACAACACAAUGAACACACAAUGACUAUGGGCAUGUUAGUAUAAUCGUUUCCAAUAUAUGUAUAUGUAUAUGUAUGUAUGUAUAUAUAUAUAUAUAUAUAUAUAUAUAUGUGUGUGUGUAUAUACAGUAUCUAACAAA